CAGGAAUGCCGAGCUCAGGGAGGGAUGAGCAGCAGUUUCCGUCUCCACACACAGCAGCCUUUCACACUCUGUAAUUUUCAGAGUUCAAGAAGCAGAAGAGUAGUCCAGAGCAAAAGCAGCAGCUCACAGGGAGACAAACAGAAGCCCUGGAAGAACACAGGAGGGGAGGAGAGAAGAAAAGGGCGUCUGUUCUUGGCAAGAGCCAACACGAAUGACGCGGAAUUGAAAAAAUCUCAUGGAUAAGAGCCAAACUUACAUUCUGGCGGGGAACACUACAGGACAGGCCGGAGGUUCUGACCAAAUCCAGUGUGCCCCUGUGUGUACCCAAACUCACGUGCUGAGAGAGAAAAAGGCUUCAACCUCAUGAUGUUCACCUUCCAGUUCUUCACUCUGUUCUCCUCACUCUUCUAUGUGGCCUUCUUCCUCGGCAGGAACAAUGGCUAUCCAGGAAACUAUGCACGCACUGCAGGACAAAGACUGGACGAGUGCCACCCCAGUGGGUGUUUGACAGACCUCUUCAUCCAGAUGCUCGUCAUCAUGGUACUUAAACAGGUUUUCAGCAGCAUCACAGAGAUCACCAAACCCCGGCUGCAGAUGAGGUGGAGAAAAAUAACCACAACGAAGGGGCUGAGCGCUGACGAUAGCAGCAAAAACCUCAUAGUUUCUUGUGCUGAGUUCCUCUUCCGCUGUCUGGAGAAGAGGGGGAGAAAAACGGACACACCUGAUAGCAAGGAUGAACACCAGCAUUGUUGGAAAGAGAAGUGUGAUGAAUGCUUGCUCAACGACUGGCAGAAAAACUACCAGCUGGCUGAUUCAGACGAUUUGAGUCUUUUCUAUGUGAUGCUGAAGAUGGGUAAGUCCACUAAAGUCCACUAAAGUCCACUAAAGUCCUACGCUUAACGGUCAUUCUUUGGGCAGAACUUUUGA